AUGAUAUUUCAAAAUUUUGAUAAUGUUUUUAAUAAAGACAAAUUUUAUUUGGAUACAAUACGUUCGAAAAAUGGACAUUACAUUCGGUAUUCCCCUUUUGGUAGAGAAUCAAAAAAAUAUAAAUGUAACAGCAUUUUUGAUGAACUUAACCCUUUGUGUAUGCAUUUAUUUAUUGAAGCAUACAAAAUUCCUGGAAACAUAAUGAAUUUUAAAAAUAACAAUAAGGAAUAUGUUGGAUACAUUAUGACGUGGUUAGGUUAUAUGUUAAGCCUAAAGAAUAAUUAUGGAACCAACAAUCUAAAAUAUUUUUAUAGUACAUUUAUAAAUAGUGAUGAAAAGUAUAAUACGGGUAUAAAAGAUGCUACUGAUUAUAAGAAUCUUAUAAAUAAAAAACAAGAUUUGAUGAAUAUGGAUAUGAGAAUUAUAUCUAAAUUUUAUUUUUCAUCCUUCCCAACGAUAGAAAAAACACAAACUUCUGAAGUUAUUUCAUCAAGUUGGCCGAUAGCAAAUAAAUUAUUUAUAGUUUUAUCGACAUUUGGUGCAAUAGGAAUUUUUUUAGGAAUUUCUUAUAAGUAUUCGUUAUUUAGGUCUCGGAAACGAGGUUAA